CAAAAUCUGUUCCCCACGCACUCACACAGGGAGGAAGAGAAAGCAGUCACAGAGAGGGAAGCCCUGAGAGGAGCUCCACGGAUGUAAUCCCGAAGUCAAGCAGACAUGCAUUCUGUAGGCAGGUCGUGGCUGCUGAUUACAGGAUUCAUCCUGUUUUAUGUCAUAUACCUGCUGUUCGGAGCCCUGGUGUUCUCCAGCAUCGAGCGGCCGAUGGAGGACAAGAUGCGCAACGAGCUAGAAGCCCUGAAGCAGGAGUUCCUGAACCUGAGCUGCGUGAACGACGCGGCGCUCGAACGCUUUAUGGUCAAAGUGCUGGCGGCCAACAAGUACGGCGUCUCGGUGCUCAGGAACUCCUCCACCAACUCCAACUGGGACCUGAUAUCCUCCAUGUUCUUCGCCAACACUCUGGUCACUACUGUCGGUUAUGGACACACCACUCCUCUGUCGGACACUGGUAAAGCUUUCUCCAUCCUCUACGCCCUGAUUGGAGUCCCCUUCACCAUGCUGGUGCUCACCGCCUGCGUGCAGAGGAUCAUGUUUCCCUUGGUCCUCGCCCCCGUCGGGCUCCUGCAGCGCUCCGGCCUGGAGCCUCGGCUGGCCACCAUCGUCCACUUCCUGUUGCUACUGGUCCUGGUGGUGCUGUGUUUCUUCGUGGCACCGGCGGCUGUGUUCAGCAAGUUGGAGGUGUCAUGGUCCUUCCUGGAUGGAAUCUACUUCUGCUUCAUCUCGCUGUGCACCAUCGGACUGGGAGAUUUUGUCCCGGGGACUCAGCCAAGGCAGCCGUACAGGCCGCUGUACCAGGUCUCUGUCAUGGUCUACCUGUUCGUGGGCCUGAUGAUGAUGUUCCUGCUGCUGCGCACCUUCCACAAGAUAGCCGACCUGCAUGGACUGACCACCUUCCUGCAGCUGCCGCGCUGCGAGGAGUCCGACAUGGAGGAGGACCGGGAGCCCAUGGUGGAGGAUGGACACAAAGACCUGACGGAGAAGAAGGCCAUCAAGCCCCUCGAGCCGGGGUCCCAGCCCUCCUACAACACCAUGAACACCGGCUAGGCUGAGGCAGGUGGAGGAAAGAAAACUCUACCUCUCGCACCCAGACUGUCGGCUGAAUCUGAAUUAGGUCUUCUGUUAAAAACAUCCCAAAAGGAGAGCUUAAUGAUGAGUUGAUGAGUUUUAAGAUGUAGCCUUUGUGAGAGGACGCCAUACUCUUUGAGUGGUAACUACUCUGGAAGUAUGAACGGACUAACCUGACUAGACUACGUUACCCUACCUGGGAUGAAAGAUGUGAUAACAAUUGUUCCCCCUCAUCCUCCACACCGCUGUAACUGUGGUGCGUUCACUGUAAGGGCUUGGAUGCUGCGUUCACAGCCUCAGGAACCCACAUGAACUUUUUGACUAAUGGUUUAUUGUUUCAGAUAACUUUGCAUGCAUUUUUGUCAUGUUGUUUUAUGUCACACAGUGCUUUAACACCUUUGCUUUCAUUCAAUUGUCUAGCUAAUUCUUUUUAUAUUUCACGUAUGCACAUCAUCACCUCCAGCAGUCCAGUCCUGCUAUAAAUAGGAUUGUCCUUACUCACUUCUGCACCACUUGAACACAUCUUCGAAUGUGGGCUGAGAUGUGUUGAAUCAGGCUUCCUGUGUGGAAGUCUUCAGGGUCAGCCUUGGGACAGAACCAACAGACAGCACAGUACUCCUUUAUUGUGCUGCCCCCUGCUGUUUACAGGUAUGAAGCACAACAUGUUACUAUAGGGGUAAUAAAAAAGGGAUAAAGGGUUGGAAAAGAGGGAUGGAGGAAAAGAAAGUGACUGUAACAUGUGUUUCCUUGUGGUGAUGCAGGAAGUAAUACAUUUCAAUGGAAAACCAAAAACAUCAUGUUGUGAGAUUUAGAGAUCAUUAACAAUGGAAAUGCACUUUAAUGUUCAUGUCGGUUUUUGUUCUCUUACCACGAGGUUGUCGUUGAAUGAGAAGGCUAAAUAUAUCUUGAUACUGUAAGAUGAGUCGUCCGUCUGUUUUUUUGUUUUCUGUAUGUCGAUGUUAAGUGGUAAAGCAGAUUAACAUUUAUUCACUUUUGAUGUAAAUUAAAAAUACUUUUUGCCUGUAA